AUGGGUCUCGCUUUCACGAAGAUAUGGCAGCGCCUGAUCGGAAAGCAGGAGAUGCGCAUUUUGAUGGUCGGACUGGAUGCGGCCGGUAAGACCACCAUCCUCUACAAGCUCAAGUUGGGAGAGGUGGUCACCACGAUCCCAACGAUUGGAUUCAACGUAGAGACUGUGGAGUACAAGAACCUGUCCUUCACGGUUUGGGAUGUGGGUGGCCAGGACAAGAUUCGCCCUCUGUGGCGCCACUACUACCAGGGCACGAACGGCCUGAUCUAUGUCGUUGACAGCAACGACCGAGAUCGCAUUGAGGAUGCGCGCGAGGAGCUGAACAAGAUGUUGAACGAAGACGAGAUGCGUGAUGCGGUGCUUCUGGUCUUCGCCAACAAGCAGGACUUGCCGAAUGCGAUGACUGCAGCGGAGGUCACCGAGAAGCUUGGAUUGCAUAACCUGCGCCAUCGUCAGUGGUUCAUCCAGUCCGCCUGCGCGACUACGGGCGACGGUCUAUACGAGGGUCUAGACUGGCUUUCCCGCACAUUGUCCUCCAAGCGCUGA